UGUAAGGUAGUUAUUAUAUACUAUUAAUAGCGUUUUUAUUACAAUGAUGAAUGGCUAAUACUCAGACCAAUAAGAUUCUAUAGUCUUUUUCAAAAAAAAAAAAAAAAAAAAAAAAAAAAAAAAAGCAAAUGCUUUACCUUGGAAUUUUAGAAAUUUGUCCACCUUUAUAUCCAAGUACCAAAUAUUAAGUAUUUAAUUAUAUUUCAUCCAUGAAUUAUCUCUAAAUCUGUUUCUUGAAAGCCAGUAUUUUUAUUUAAUUUGUAGCAAUUCAUCACUGCCUUUCCAAGUAUACUUUCAGGGGUACAUCUACUUGAAUUUUGAUGCCAGACCAGAAUAGUGUUUAAUUCUAUUUGCAAAUUAUGGUAAAUGAGCAAGAAAGAAAGUAAUUAUCAGAUUUAUGUGAAUUAAGAGUUUCAUACCUGAACACAAUUCAAUCAUUCACCACCACAUAUGAGACGGUGGUGGACCCUUGUUGAGCUUACAGUGGAUGAUAUUUUGACAUUUGUCUUGAUACUGGAUCUAUCGUAUGCACCCUAUUUGCUAUUUGAGUAAUUUCUGUCUAUUACAUCAGCACCAUGUAUCUGUGAUACUAUUAUUUUGCAGCCUAUUUAUUGUCACUAAUACAUGCACUGUCACCAUUAACUCAGUCUAGCCUAACCAGUUCAGUCUUUUUUCAUAGUCUUCUCAGAAAAACUAGUAUGUUGCCUGAAGCAACUAGUGUGUGGUCAUGGUGGCGGAGUACCAGUAAUAAGGCUGAUGAAACUUCGCGAAACAUCUUGACCAUCUUUGUUCCCUUGUUUAUUGUUUUCUGGUUCAUUUUCGCUGUCAGGAAGCAAAACAAGGAGAAACCUCCUUUGCCUCCUGGACCGCGUGGCCUGCCUUUAGUGGGAUACCUCCCUUUUUUGGAUUCCAAUCUCCAUCAUUGCUUUAAAAAGAUGGCCAGUUUAUAUGGUCCAAUUUUCAGAUUCCGUCUUGGAAGUGAAGAAUGCAUUGUGGUCUCCUCACCGUCUCUAGUCAAGGAAGUGGUUAGGGACCAUGAUGUCGUGUUUGCUAACCGAGCACCCCUCAUUGCUGCUAAAAGUCUUUUGUUUGGGUCGUUGGAUAUUGCCUUCUCCGAUUAUGGUGUUGAAUGGAGAAAGAUGAGAAAAAUAUUUGCCACUGAGAUGCUUAGUAAUGCUCGCCUUGAUGCCAGUUAUUAUCUAAGGAAACAGCAUGUGAAGAAAAUGAUGAAUGAAACCUAUGAAAAAGCUGGCCAGCUGGUUAAUAUAGGUGACCUAGCAUUUUUAACCCUUGUUGGUUCUGUUAUGAACAUGGUAUGGGGGGAUACAUUGAAAGGGGAUGAGGGGUCUGUCAUGGACUCUGAAUUUCGAGCUGUUGUAGAUGAACAACUUAAACUUCUAGGGGCACCAAAUAUUUCAGACUUUUUCCCUUUGCUUGCUAGGUUUGAUUUGCAGGGAAUACAGCGCAGAAUGAGGAUCAUCUCAAAACGGAAUGAAGAGAUUUAUGAUAAAGCCAUUAAUCAUCACAAUGCUGGAGAAAGUAUUCAGAGGAAGGAUUUCCUAGGGCAUCUCAUGCAGCUUACCAAAUGUGAGGAUCAUGCAAGAUCUCUAACCUUGCCUCAAGUUAAGGCCAUGCUCAUUGAUGUUGUGGUUGGGGGAACUGAUACAACAGUGGCUAUGGUUGAGUGGGUUAUGGCGGAAAUACUGCAACACCCAGAAGUACUGAGGAAAGUCCAAGAAGAACUAACUGAGAUUGUGGGAUUAAACAAAACAGUUGAAGAGGUUCAUUUGCCUGAGUUAAAGUAUCUGAAUGCAGUUGCAAAGGAGUCACUUCGUUUGCACCCACCAAUUCCUCUUCUCGUUCCUCAUUGUCCAAGUGAGCCUUCUACUAUAGGAGGGUAUAGCAUACCAAAGGGUGCUCGUGUCUUCCUCAACUUAUACACUAUUCAGAGAGAUCCCCAUAAUUGGGAAGAUCCAUUACUGUUUAAGCCUGAGCGGUUUUUAAGUGGGUCUGCUGCUGAGAAAACAGACUACCUGGGCAACCAUUUUCAGUAUCUUCCGUUUGGGUCUGGAAGGAGAAUGUGUCCCGGAAUUCCACUAGCAGAGAGGACUACAAUGCUUGUUUUGGCUUCUAUGCUGCAUGGUUUCCAGUGGAAGUUACCAAAUGGCACAGUGGAGGUUGAUUUAUCGGAGAAAUUUGGAAUUGUUGUGAAAAAAUCAAAACCUUUGUUUGCUGUACCGAGUCCUAGGCUUUCUAACUUAGAUCUCUAUUCGUACAAUAACUGAAAAUUUUCAAAAGUACAGGGCCUAGCUACCUGUACUUUAAGAAUAUAAAGAAAAUAAAGAGAGAAUAAGAUCUAGAAGAAGAAUAUCUUGCAAUGAUGUACUUCGUAUAAUUUUAUUAAGUGCUAUGGUAAUUAUAUUGUAGUUGCUUUUCUUGCUUAUAUCAAAGUGUCCACAUUUUUCAUUUGUUUAUAUUGUUAACAGGAAAAUUUACUUUGGCUGACAAAUCUUUUAUCUCAAUAGAACACUGUGGUUAAAAAUUCAGAGCGGCAGAAGGCACUUGUUUCAGGAUAAGGAGAAACUUCUGGUGCCUCCUGGACCGCAUGGCUUGCCUUUAGUCGGAUAUUUGCCUUUUCUGGACUCGAAUCUCCACCAAAGCUUCAAAAACUUAGCCAGUAUAUAUGGUCCUAUCUUUAAAGUCUAGCUUGGAAUGAAAGACUGCAUUGUGAUCACCUCACCUUCUCUAGUAAAAGAGGUGGUAAGGGAUCAAGAUGUCAUUUUUGCUAAUCGGGGAAAUCCCACUGUUGCUGUAAGGAGCUUUUUGUUCGGGACAAUGGAUAUUUCUUUCUCCAAUUACGGGCAUGAAUUGCGAAAGAUGAGGAAGGUUUUUGUCAGUGAGAUGAUGAAUAAUGUUUGCCUCAAUGCUAGUUAUCAUCUUAGGAAGCGGCAUGGGAUGAAACUUAUAGUAAGGCUGGUCAUCUUGUUAAUGUAGGUAAAUUAACUUUUAUAACCAUUGUCAGCUCAGUAAUGAGCAUGAUAUAGGGUGAUACACUGAAAGGGGGCAAGAGUAAUACUGUUAAUGCUGAAUUUCGAGCUCUCAGAACUGAACAAAUGGAACACCUAGGGGCACCAAAUACUUCAGACCUUUUUCCUUUGCUUGCUAGAUAUGACUUACAAGGGAUAGAGCGCAGAAUGAAGAUAAUUACUCGUCGCUGUGAGAAUAUACUUGAUUCAGCCAUAAAUAAUCACAACUCAGGAGAAAAUAAUAAGCAGAAGGGUUUCCUUGGUCACCUCUUGCAUCUUACCAAGUUUGAAAAUCCAGCAACUUCUCUAACCUUGCCUCAAGUUAAGGCCUUACUAAUGGAUGCUGUGAUUGGGGGAACAGAUACAACAGCUACUACGGUUGAGUGGGUUGUGGCGGAGAUGUUGCAACAUCCACAAGUAAUGAGGAAAGUUCAAGAAGAAUUGACUGAGAUUGUGGGAUUAAACAAUAUAGUUGAAGAGGUUCAUUUGCCCAAGUUGAAGUAUCUAAAGGCAGUUGUGAAAGAGACACUUCGUUUGCACCCAUCUAUUCCUCUUCUUUUUCCUCAUUGUCCGAUCAAGGCUUCUAGUAUAGGGGAUAUGCCAUACCAAAGGAUGCUCGUGUCUUUCUGAAUGUAUAUGCUAUACAGAGAGAUCCACAACUUUGGGAAGAUCCAUUACUGUUUCAACCGGACAGGUUUUUAAGUGGGGGUAUUGCUGAGAAAAUUGACUACUUGGGCAAUCAUUUUCAGUAUCUUCAAUUCCAUUUGGUUCUGGAAGGAGAAUUUGUCCUGGUAUUUCACUUGCAGAGAGGAAUUCAAUGCUUGUAUUAGCUUCACUACUGCAUUCUUUCCAUUGGAAUUUACCGAAUGGUUCUGUGGAGGUUGAUACAUCUGAAAGAUUUGGAAUCGUCGUGAAGAAAGCAAAACCUUUGUUUGCUGUCCCAGUCUCUCCAGGUUGGAGCUUUAUUCAUAUAAAGAUUUGCAUUUUUAAAGAAACUACAAGGCUUAGCUAUUUUUUUCCUUAAAAUUAUAAGAUGAAGAAAAUCUUAUGCAGUAAUGAAUUAUUAUGUGAGUAAUUUGAUGGCUAUAUUGUAGUUUCUUUUCUUUCUUGAACCGGAAAUGUAGUUCCAUUUUCAUUGUCCACAGAUAUUAAUAUCAAAAGCCUUAUUAUCAAGGUGAGACUAUAUUUUAGCUAUGAGAUUCACAUAUCUCAUCAAGACUCACUUUUUCAUAUAUCUAA